AUGGCUAGUCCUCCCGUUCUAGCUUUCGAUGCCGAGGGCCGUCCAGUGAAGUUCGAAACCUGGCUAGAUGACCUGCACCUGUUCCUACAGCUCACUGCCAAGGAAGAUAUCUCACUGUACGACCACGCCCUAGGCCAUGCCACUGCCCCUGACUCCUCUGCUGACAGCACUCUGCGUUCCCAGUGGCAGACCCGUGAUGCGCACGCUCGCUUUGCUAUACGCAACUCCCUGCCGCUAGACGAGCGCGAGCACUUCGGCCAGUGCAAGACUGCUAAGGACCUCUACACAGCUGUAGUUGCCCGCUACUCCUCACCCGCUUCUGCCACGCUAGGCCGCCUCACUCUCCCCUACCUGUUCCCCGACAUAGCCUCCUUUCACACUGUCGCAGACCUCAUCACCCACCUUAAGACCAGUGAGGCCCGCUUUCGCGCUGCUAUGCCUGCCGAGUUUCUCACUAGCGACCCCCCCCCGCUCUGGAUCACUCUCUACCACAUCGUCACCCGGCUCCCUGACUCUCUGCGCGCAGUCAGGGACCACUUCCUCUCUCGCUCCCCCACUGAGCUCACUGUUGCCCUCCUCGAGAAGGAACUGCUUGCAGCUGAGGCGAGCAUCGUCGCUGUAGGCACCUCUCGUGGUGACCCCCGCACCCCGUUCUUUGAGGGGUGUUCCCCUUCCCCCCUCCUCCCCUCUGUCGCCUCUGCUGCUGCUGUCGACCUCCUUGGUGCUGAGAAGGUCGGGACCGCGUCUGCUUCGAGCGGGCGCCGCAGGAACAAGGGGGACAGGGGUGGGGGUGGUGGCGGAGGAGGUGGGGGUGGAGGCGGUGGGAGUGGAGGCGCGGCUGAGGAGGCCAGUGGUGGCACUGGGGGAGGAGACAGCAGCGGCGGGAGUGGUGGCAGGGGCGGAGGCGGCAGCGGGGGCGGAGGUGGUCGUGGCGGCGGCAGGGGUGGAGGUGGCCGGGGCGGCGGCGGUGGGGGUGGUGGUCGUGGAGGCACUGGCGGAGGGCAGAGUCAGCAGCCCACCCCGACGCUUCAGGCCGCCCGUGAGUGGUAUGCACAGCGUGGCUUUACCUGCACGUACGUCAUUCGCACAGGUGACCGCAGCGGCCAGCAGUGUGGGAGGCCGCACCCCACGCAGCGCUGCUUCGCGCGCCUUAGCGACGCGUGGCGCACCCAGUUUCCUAGUGCCACUGAGCUGCCGCGCUGGGCUGAGCUGGAAAAGAGGGGAGUUGAUAUUUGGGCUCUAGACUUUGAUGCUAUUCUCACUGCCAUUCCGGCUGCCGCUCUAGGUGCUAGUGCGUCCGCUCCCACAGGUCCUGGUGAAGCUGCUGCCCUAGGUGCUAGUGCGUCCGUGCCCCCUGGUACUGAGUCGACUACAGCACUGCACACCUUCACACUGGACUCAGGUGCUUCUCGCUCCUUCUUUCGUGACCGCACUGUCCUUGAGCCACUCGCUCGGCCGGUUGCUGUCUCUCUUGCUGACCCCUCUGGGGGUCCGGUCAUUGCGACCUCCUCCACUGUCCUUCCUUGUCCUGCGGUCCCGUCCGGCACGCUGUCAGGUCUCUACCUCCCCUCGUUCUCCACGAACUUGGUGGCAGGCCGAGAGCUCCAGGACGGGGGUGUUCACCAGUUCACCCCUGCCUACGAGCGCGUGACACACUGCACGUGUGCACGGACGGGUCGCCACCUGGCUACCUUCACUCGAGAGCCUGGGUCGGACCUGUACACACUGACCACUGAGUCCCCUCAGGUAGCUGCGUCUGCGUCUGCGUCAGGUCAGCUGUCCGCACCCUGCUCGUGUCGCUCUCUGGCGCAUGAGACUGUCCUUUGGCACCACCGCCUUGGUCACCCGUCGGUGCAGCGCCUUCUGGCCAUGCACAAACGGGACCUUGUUGCUGGUCUUCCCAGGGUUCUCCCUCCCCUCCCACCCUCGCCUGCUCCUCCCUGUCUUCCCUGUGUCGAGGGGCGAUCUCGUCUCCAGCUCAGUGAGCGUUUCCGCUCCGACUUCCCUGUCCUGCGUCUGUACUCUGACAGAGGUGGGGAGUUUUCCUCUGGCCUCUUGGAGGCCUUUUGUCAGCAGGAGGGCAUUGAGCAGUCGUUCACGCUUCCGGCCUCUCCACAGCAGAAUGGGGUUGCUGAGCGCCGCAUUGGCUUAGUCAUGGAGGUCGCUUGUACCUCCUUGGUUCAUGCGGCUGCCCCCCAUUUUCUGUGGCCGUUUGCAGUCCGAUACGCUGCGCAUCAGCUCAACCUCUGGCCCCGUGUCUCCUUACCGGAGACUUCUCCGACACUGCGUUGGAUGGGAGAGGCUGGCGAUGCGUCGCGUUUUCGGGUCUGGGGAUCCCGAGCUUUUGUCCGCGACACGUCCGCGGACAAGCUCUCCCGUCGCGCUGUCCCCUUCGUCUUCCUUGGCUUUGUCCCGGACGCCCCUGGCUGGCAGUUCUACCACCCAACCUCGCGUCGUGUCCUGGCCUCUCAGGACGUCACUUUUGACGAGUCCGUCCCCUACUACCGCCUCUUCCCCUACCGCACUGCCCCGCUCCCCCCCCCGCCUCUCUUCCUCGCUCCAGGUGCUGAGGUACCAGACCCCCUCCCCCCUCAGGGUGCCGCUCCCUCAGGUGUGUCCCAGGUAGACCCGGGUGAGCCUGUCGAGGUAGCUGUUGACUCUCGUCCUGCUAGGGGUGCUGAGCCUGGGGGUGCUGCGUCUGGGGGUGAUGAGCCUGGGGGUGCUGCGUCUGGGGGUGCUGAGCCUGGGAGUGCGGAGCCUGGGGGUGCGGAGCCUGGGGGUGCUGAGCCUGGAGGUGCGGAGCCUGGAGGUGCGGAGCCUGGAGGUGCUGAGCCUGGGGGUGCUGAGUCUGGGGGUGCUGAGUCUAGGGGUGCUGAGCCUGAGCGUGCUGCACCUGGAGGAGCCCUCUCCUCCCAGCAGCUGCAGGAGAGGUACCUCGAGUACUGCCGCCUCCGGAGAGGUGCUGCUGGAGCUCUUCCCGGUACUUCCCCUCCUACCCAGGAGCUCCCCCCCAUUCAGCAGAUCCGCGAGUGGUACACACGGCGCUGCAGUCUUCGGAGUGGUGCUCCUGGUGCUGAAGACCCUGGGGGUGGCGCUGCUGCUGGUACUGAGGACCCGGGCGUUGGAGCUGCUGCUGGUGCUGAGGCCCUGGGCGGUGGCGCUGCUGUUGGUGCUGAGGACCCGGGCGGUGGAGCUGCUGCUGGUGCUGAGGACUCGGACGUUGGAGCUGCUGCUGGAGCUGAGGACCCGGGCGGUGGCGCUGCUGCUGGUGCUGAGGACCCGGACGGUGGAGCUGCUGCUGGUGCUGAGGACUCGGACGGUGGAGCUGCUGCUGGAGCUGAGGACCCGGCCGGUGGAGCUGCUGCUGGUGCUGUGGACCCGGACGCUGGAGCUCCUACUGGUACUGAGGACCCGGCCGCUGGAGUCUCCUCUGCUUCUGGAGACGCUGCGCGGCCGCGACCGUACUUCGUACCACUCCUUCAGCAGGUUCUUGGGCAGGCUCCUCCUCCUUGUCCUCCUCCCUCCGUAGAGUGUCCUCCGCCUGUCCAGCCGCAGUCACAGUUACCGCCUACCUCGCCUCUCCCUGCUCCCUCUCCUUACACUGGUCCCACAGGAGGUCUUACAGAGCGUCGUGAGCCUGAGUCUCGUCCUGCGUCGCCUGUUCGUCCUGCUCGCAUUGGUAGUCGUGUCCGUCGUGAGCGUCCUCCUCCUGUCCCAGGCACUCACUACAUGACUCUGCGUCCCUCUACUGCUCCUCAGCGUGUCUCGCUACCGUCUCCUCCUGCGUCCUCUUUGCCUGACGUUCCGGACCCUGAGUCUGACCGGUAUCGUACUGAGCACCCUACUGUCACGCGUCUCCUCGCUACUGUUGUCACUGACCCUACCUUUGAGUCCUCGGCUGUGUCUGCUCUGAUCGCUGAGUUGGUUGACUUUGCUGCUGCCUGUUGUCUAGACUACGCUGCUAGCCUUGUUGCUGAGUCUGAGUCUGAGUCUGUCUGUCCUCCGUCCGUCGGGGGUGAGUGUGCUCUUGGCACGGACGUCCUUGAGGACAGACAGGAGGAGUUCCAGUGUCUUGCUGCUGCUUUGCCCCGUCUCGUGUCCUUGCUAGUUGCCCCUGAGGGAGACCCGGAUGCACCAGACAUCCCGACCCCGCGCACUUACGCUGAGGCGAUGGCGGGUCCCUACUCCUCUCAGUGGCAGACAGCCAUGGACGCCGAGAUGGCUUCCUGGAAGUCCACACGCACCUACGUCGACGAGGUUCCCCCUCCUGGGGCGAACAUCGUCAGUGGCAUGUGGAUUUUCAGGGUGAAGCGGCCGCCGGGUUCUCCGCCUGUCUUCAAGGCGCGUUACGUGGCUCGAGGCUUCAGUCAGCGAGAGGGAGUUGACUUCUUCCAGACCUUCUCCCCCACCCCGAAGAUGACCACUCUUCGGGUGCUGCUGCACAUAGCCGCUCACCGCGACUACGAGCUUCACUCACUUGACUUCAGCACUGCUUUCUUGCAGGGCAGCCUGCACGAGGAGAUCUGGCUGCGCCGCCCACCUGGCUUCACUGGGUCGUUUCCUCCUGGUACCCAGUGGAGGCUUCAGCGGCCGGUCUACGGUCUCCGCCAGGCUCCGCGUGAGUGGCACGACACACUGAGGACUACACUUGCGGCUCUUGGGUUCGCGCCUUCUACAGCUGACCCGUCGCUGUUCCUGCGCACCGACACUUCGCUGCCGCCGUUCUACAUCCUCGUGUACGUCGACGACUUGGUCUUUGCCACUGCUGACACUGCAGGACUCGCCUACGUGAAGUCGGAGCUGCAGAGGAGACACACGUGCACAGACCUGGAGCCGAGUGGCCCGUAUCCAGAGCUUGUGGGCUGCCUCAUGUACCUGAUGACCUGCACUCGACCUGACCUUGCAUACCCUCUUAGCAUCCUUGCACGCUAUGUCGCUCCUGGCCGUCACAGGAAGGAGCACAUGGAUGCCGCUAAGAGGGUGUUGCGCUACUUGUGCAGUACGUCGGGCAUGGGGCUUGUGCUUGGAGGGCGAGACCGAGUUGUUCUCACAGGGCACUCAGACGCUUCUUGGGCAGACGACCAGGCCACUCAGCGGUCGUCUCAGGGUUACACCUUCAGCCUUGGCUCUGGCUCAGUUUCUUGGCGCUCUACACGCUCUUCUUCUGUUCUCGGCUCCAGUUGCGAGGCUGAGAUCUACGCUACAGCCAUGGCUGCCCAGGAGCUACGCUGGCUGACCUACCUGCUGACCGACCUCGGAGAGCGGCCUCGUUCUCCUCCAGUGCUGUACGUCGACAACAAGGCUGCCAUUGCCUUGUGUGAGGAGCACAGACUGGAGCACAGAACGAAGCACAUCGCCCUGCGGUACUUCCUUGCUCGAGAGCUGCAGCAGCGCGGUCAGCUUUGUAUUCGCUACGUGGCCAUCGAGGCCAACACUGCUAAUGUGUUCACCAAGGCGCUUCAGCCUCGUGACCAUCAGCGCUUCUGCACUCUACUAGGCCUUGUGCCUACUGGACCUCACUUGCUUACCUCUUGA